AGAGAGGGAGGGAGGCUGAGCUGCAGAGACAAGAAGAAGACAGCAGUUGUAGAAAAGCUCAAAGUCCAGAACCAGACCCACAUCCAGGAGUAGGAUCAGAACCACAUACACAGGAACCAGGACCAGAGGCCUGGACUAGAGUGGAGGAGCAGCCCAGUCCACCAUGUCAGAGUCCAUCAGAAGGAGGAGUUCCAGCAGACAGCUCCUGCAGAACCUCAUCAGUUUGACGGCCCAGCGGAGCCAGGAGGACGCUGAAGAGGUGGAGCGAGAACGAAGGAGGAGAGCCAGGGAGAAGGAGAGAGAGGAGGGGAGCCCGUCCUGCGCGGUGGCAACUCAUCACGACAACCUCACACACAGUGUGGCUUCGGACUGUGAUCUAAAGCCCAGCUACAGCUUGGUUCUGGAGGAGGACGAGGGCUUUGGUGACUGGAGUCACAGGUUGGAGAACCGUAAUGAACAGGAGGUGAUGAAACAGCCGCCCCUAGCGCCGCAGUUGAUACCAGGGUCAAAGGAGGAGAAACAGCAGGAGGACGCAGAAGAGGCACAGGAGCCAGAGAGAAGCAAUGGAUCACAUGAAGCUUCAACAAUGGCUGUGGAGAAGAUGUCAGAGAGCAAAAAGGAAAUAAAGACGUCAUUUAGCUCGUCAGUUUUUCUGCCACAGGACAUCAGACUGCAACAGACCUCAGGCCAUAAAGCAGACAGAGCGUCAUACCUGGCGGCAGGAACAAUGAGUGGAUGGGCCUGCAGGGUUGAUGGGGAGGAGGAACAGGGGGAGCAAGAAGAGCGGGAGGAAGAAGCAGUGCAGCCCACCUUGGAGACAGAAUGGUCUGCAGAAACCUCACACUACCACAGUGUUGAUGACCCUGCAGAGGAACAACAGAUCUUUACACAUGAGCAGAGGGAAGAGCUCCACCACAUGGGACAGCAAAGACGCAGGGAGGGGGAGGAGGAGGGGGGAGAAGAGGGAGAACACAACAAACCAGACAAGGGCUCAGUGGAGAGAACAGAAAGGAAGAGUGAGGAGGUGGAUGGAAGUUCUGCCAUUUCUCUUUGCAGCAGUGACGGCGAGGAGGCGUUAAACUGCUAUGGGCCCAUGAGCCCAACAUUCAAGAAACUCCUCAUACAGUUUUACCCAGAUGAAAUCAACACCAGAGUCUCACCAGAUGGUAAAUGCAUGAUCAUAGAGAGAGCCGAGUCUCUGAAGAGAAGCGCCAACAUAAAGAAGACGCUGCCAACUGUUACUGUUUCCAAGAUUGACAAGAAACUGGAGCAGUACACACACGCUAUCGAGCUCUCCUCAAAGGAAGGCAGGAUGGGUGGUCAGGCACUGACAGACGUGAUAAGUCCUCCGGAACCUGUUGCCUCUAAGAAGAACCUGUUUGAGGCCGGAGAGGCCUGGAACCAAACCUCCAUCUCAGUCGCAGCAUCCAAGGAAAUCAAAUCAGGUGGAGUUUUGAACAAGAAAAAUCUAUGGGAGAGUCUUGGUGACAUAUUAUCUCCUGGGAGGGAUGGAAAGGAGAGCUCCCCUGGUAAAGGUUACAAGUUCAUGGUGACUGGUCACGGCAAGUAUGAGAAGGUCGACAGCAGCAGUAUUAAAGACGCGAGCUGUCAGUCUGCUACAGAGUUCUAUGAGGAUUUGUAAAACGCAUUCUGGAUUAUCCAAGAGAAAUAUCCUUGGUACUGCACAAGUGUUAGCCACUAUCACGUCAACAUUCUUUUAUUGUAAGCUCUAGGUUAGAAAUCCUCUGAAAUUGUAAUGAAAUGACAAAAUUUAUUUGACCCUGUUAUCAUUUAAUAAAAGUAAGUGUCUUCUCUGUUUAUAAUG